AUGAUGAAUUUACUGGAAUGGAUUGUCACCAUUAUAAUAAUGAUGGAAUUUCUCUUAGGGAACUUUGUCAACAUCUUCAUAAUUCUUGUGAAUGCCAGUGACUGCAUGAAGAGAAGAAAGGUCUCCUCCGCUGACAGAAUCAUAACUGCUCUUGCCGUCUCCAGAACUGGUAUACUCUGGGCAAUGUUAAUGAACUGGCAUUCAGCGGUGUUUACUACAGAUAUAUACAGUGUACAGAAAAGAGUUUGGUGUCGCAUUAUCUGGGAGGUAAACAACCAUUUUAGCAAUUGGUUUGGGACUAUACUCAGCAUGUUUUAUUUGUUCAAGAUAGCCAAUUUUUCCAACCCUCUAUUUCUUCACCUAAAAAGAAAAACUGAAAAAGUUCUCCUCAUAAUAUUUUUGGGGACCUUCCUAUUUUUGGUUUCGUACGUUGGGAUGAUAAACAUCAGCAAGAUUGCUUGGGUGAGUGAUUAUGAAGGAAAUGUGACUUUGAAGAACAAACCUUUGAAGGACAUCACAGGCCUUGCAAACUUGCAUCUCUUUGGCAUGAUAAAUAUCAUACCACUUUGUAUAUCACUGACAUGUGUUCUGCUCUUAAUCUACUCCCUAGGCAAACAUCUCAGGAAUAUGAAAUACCAUGGCAAAGGAUGUCAAGAUACCAGCACCACAGUCCACAUAAAGGCCUUGAAAACUGUGGUCUCCUUUCUCUUGUUAUAUGCUACAUACUCUUUCUGUGUGGUUAUAGCAGGUUGGAGUUUAUAUAACACACGGGUCUUUUUAUUUUCCAUAACAAUUGGUGCCGUCUACCCAACAGGUCAUUCUUUUAUCUUGAUCUGGGGAAACCAGAAGUUGAAACAGGCCCUUCAGUUGUUUCUGAAGCAGGUGAGAUGCUGA